GGCAGUGAGAUUCAGACCACAGAGCCAGGGUUCCGCAGACCUUACGUUCUUGACCAGUCUCGGUGUUGCCCCCAACGGAUGAGGAGAGAUGGUGGCCCAGAAAGUCACUCACCAAGAGUUGGCCAGGCCCUUGUAGGGCCUGGGAGAAAGUCCACCGAGUUCCCAAGCUGGAUCGGUCAGUUACUUCCAGAAGAAAAGAAAGACCUACAACAUCCCUGGAGAGUUUGUACCUAUGACAUCCCUGGAGAGUCUCUUGCUACAUUCUUCCCUCAGGCCCUGCAGGCAGUAACGGGCCGUCUCUCCAGUUCCGUUGGCCCUGGACGCCUGCAGUUCACCUCUUAUGCACUCCAGCACCCCCAUCAGCUCCCUCUUCUCCUUCACCAGCCCAGCAGUGAAGAGACUGCUAGGCUGGAAGCAAGGAGAUGAAGAGGAAAAGUGGGCAGAGAAGGCGGUAGACUCCUUAGUGAAGAAAUUAAAGAAGAAGAAAGGAGCCAUGGAUGAGCUGGAGAGGGCCCUCAGCUGUCCAGGGCAGCCCAGCAAAUGUGUGACAAUUCCCCGGUCUCUGGAUGGGCGGCUGCAGGUGUCCCACCGCAAGGGUUUGCCCCAUGUUAUUUACUGCCGCGUGUGGCGCUGGCCUGAUCUCCAGUCUCAUCACGAGCUGAAGCCGCUGGAGUGCUGUGAGUUCCCAUUUGGCUCCAAGCAGAAAGAGGUGUGCAUUAACCCCUAUCACUACCGCCGGGUGGAGACUCCAGUGCUGCCUCCCGUCCUCGUGCCAAGGCACAGUGAAUAUAACCCCCAGCUCAGCCUUCUGGCCAAGUUCCGCAGUGCCUCCCUCCACAGUGAGCCUCUCAUGCCGCACAACGCCACCUAUCCAGACUCUUUCCAGCAGCCUCCGUGCUCGGCCUUCCCUCCCUCUCCAGGACCUGGGCACGUGUUCACACAGUCCCCGUGCACCGCUGGCUACCCUCACUCCCCAGAGAGUCCUUCGGAGCCAGAGAGCCCCUAUCAACACUCAGACUUCCGGCCAGUUUGCUACGAGGAGCCGCAGCACUGGUGCUCAGUCGCCUACUAUGAACUCAACAACCGAGUUGGGGAAACGUUCCAGGCCUCCUCCCGAAGCGUACUUAUAGAUGGAUUCACAGACCCUUCAAAUAACAGGAACAGAUUCUGCCUCGGACUUCUUUCUAAUGUAAACAGAAACUCAACAAUAGAAAACACCAGGAGACACAUAGGAAAGGGUGUGCAUUUAUACUACGUCGGGGGCGAGGUGUACGCCGAGUGUGUGAGCGACAGCAGUAUCUUCGUACAGAGCCGGAACUGCAACUAUCAGCACGGCUUCCACCCAGCCACCGUGUGCAAGAUCCCCAGCGGCUGCAGCCUCAAGAUCUUCAACAACCAGCUCUUCGCUCAGCUGCUGGCGCAGUCGGUUCACCAUGGAUUUGAAGUCGUCUACGAGUUAACGAAGAUGUGCACUAUCCGCAUGAGCUUUGUUAAGGGCUGGGGAGCUGAGUAUCAUCGCCAGGAUGUCACGAGUACUCCCUGCUGGAUUGAGAUUCAUCUUCAUGGACCACUGCAGUGGUUGGACAAAGUUCUGACUCAGAUGGGCUCUCCACAUAACCCGAUUUCUUCAGUGUCUUAACAGCCGGUCAUGUCUUAAUCCACAGUUCUGUAGAGUAAAUGCUAUUGCAGGCAGUGGCUUAGAUACCAUUUCAGAUUUGCAACUAACUGAAGUUUCUAAGUACAUAAUGUAAAUACAUAUAAUAUAUACUCUUCAUUUUUUUUUUAUCACCAGUUAAUUUGCACUAGAAUUUCUAGUUAACCUGAUGCUGAUGCCGGCACGACAUGAUUAGGAAAGCAGGUUUUUCAUGCCAAUGCUAUAAUAAGAAGCAGCUUCUUUUGUGGGAGGAAACAAAGGAAAAGCAACCGUGUCGAUAGAAUUUGAAAAAUGUUGGCAGAAAAAAAGUCAGCGUUAGUCAGCCAUGUCGUUAUAAGGUAUGUUGUGUGUCCUAUCAGAAAAAUAACGAAACUGUAUCUUACAAAUUGGGGUACGAGCAGCACCAGAGCAAGUAACGCUUUCAGACAAAAGAAAGCAGUCAAACCCAUAGCAUUUAAACAAUCUCACUUUUAGUGCUAUUGGCAAGAAGGGGGACAGGAAAACACCAAGCUUGUAAAAUUAGUUAUGUAAGAUAAGUCACGUAAAUUAUUUCCAAGUUGAAAUACCUAUAGCUGAACUAUGGUGCUGAUAUUAAUGGUACAUUUGAAACAAAUUUAAACUGUGAUUGGAAAAGAGACUGUGAAGCUGGGAGUCAUGUUGCCUCAUGAUCCACCACUAUUAAGAAGAAAAUAAUGAGUCUAAUACAUGGGAAUAUUCAUAUGAAAAUGGCAUGAAAUGAGCUCUAUUCCCAAAUUGCAAAGUAAGAACAGAACUUAGUCCAAGAAUCACUCAGGAAGACUCUUGCUUUCCACAUUGGAAAUCGGGCCCCUGUUUUCCUGGUUAUUCCACUCAAGCAGUCUGGCAGACAUCAGAGUCUGCCCAGUGAGCUAGAGGACUUUGUGUGUAAAUUCUAGGUGGGGAAGAAGCAGUAAAGGAAGAGGGUUGGACGAAAGCAUUGGUUGUUUUCUCACACCUUCUCACAUUCCCAUUAGAAGACUUCGUGGCGAGGGCACUCCUUUUGCCUACAUGUUGGCACAUACUAUUUACAGAUGACUAAAACGGUGGUGAAGCCUUUGAGAGAAUCUGGACAUAUUGCUGGAGUCACAUUUAUGGGUUACGUAACUUGGUGUCUCGAUCUGCUGGUCACGGCUGUUAGCCUCUUACAAAGCUGAAGCCUCGUACCUGGAAAUAACUUCCCCAAUAGAAUAAUAAUUUCAUAACCCCUGUAAUUUCUGGGGAACAGUGGUACUGAAGAAAGGGACAUUUAAAAAAAAUAUAUAUAUGGUAUUAAAAACCUGUUCUUAUUUA